CGUUUCUGAUACCACUUCUAAUAAUGACUUUUGUAUAUACAAUGAUCGCAGUAAAAGUUAAUGUAACACCGAAAGACUAUUCAAGUAAUCAGAUUUUCAAUUAUCGAAGUCCCAGAAGCAAAGUUAACAAAUUAUUAGUAGCUAUGACGCUGUCAUUCCUAAUCUGCUGGCUGCCGUUCUUCGCCAUCCGAGUCAUGGUCGCCACCCUGGACGUCCAGCAGCUGAAAGAUUCUGCUGAGUGGUGGGGGCUCGGAUAUAGAGUUACAGACAUCAACAGCUGGUUUAGCAUCGCAAUAAAUCCAAUUCUCUUCAGCCUAAUGUCCACUAAAUUCAGAAAGGCUCUAAAGUCGUUUUGGAAUACGAAACUUGGGAACAAGCGGCACCUGAAGUCCCAACGCAGCUGUAACACGUGUACGAGGGUAUAAUAAUUCUUAAUUACGAAAAAGAGUGCGAUAGUCGAGCAGAUAAUGGCUUGUAAUAUCCUUGAAAUACUUCAUUAAUAGGUAACAUUUUGAAUACUGAUAGACGAUGACAAGCAUCAAAACUACAAUAUUAGAAGAUUUUAGGUUGCUAAGUAGGUACCCGUUUUUUUCACUUUUGCAUUAAUUAAUCUCUUGCAAGAGUGGUACCUAAGGAUGAAUUGCAAAAAAAAUGUACAUACUUAAAAACUGUAAUUAUUAUUAAUAUGUAAUUCCGUUGCACUACGACAAUUAAGGAGUUUUAUUAUUUAAGUUACAUGCAUGUGUGGUGGCGUAAGCUGGCCAUACACACUAGGGUAAGCAGUUUUAACGAAUAAAGGAGAUAAGACUUUAACUGAUAUUGAAAUAGAUUUAUUAGUGAUACAGUUUGAAAACGACGUGUUAUUAUUUUUAUCUUCUCUCAAUUCUUAGGUUAUACCUAAUAUCUAAUGGUUUUUAUUACAUCACCGGAGAAAAAAGAAAAAGAAGUGUCUGAAACCUCGGCCCGGAAACGGGUCGUUCUAGUGUGAGUCACCCUUAAUGGAUUAUAAAACGUA